AUGGCCAAUUAUACAUCUAGCUUCUGUGAAGGCUUCAAGGAGCAAUACGAGAUCAUUGCCAAGAGCUCAGACGCAAUGUACAUCGUCAUUUUCGUGGUCAACGCUAUGAUGUCAUUUGUUGCAAGUCUGGGCAACAGUCUUAUAAUGGAUGCUCUCCGCAGAUGUACCUCGCUACAUGGGCCUUCCAAAGCGCUUCUCUUUAGCCUGGCGCUAUCUGAUCUCGGUGUUGGCUGCAUAGCGCAACCUCUGUUCGUCAUUCACAGACUGGCGGCCUUAACGAGAAGCUAUCGCACUUUUUGCGUCUCCGGUGUCGGCUCGUAUUUCGUAGGAAACACCUUAGUCUCCGCUUCAUUCGUCACGUCAACUGCCAUAGCGCUCGACCGUUACUUGGCGCUACGUUUGCGCCUCCGCUACCGCGCGGUCGUUACGAUCAAACGCGUCACCGUGGUUCUUUUCGCCAGCUGGUUAGCGUCAUUGAUUUGGUCAGCGCUUUGGUUCUGGAAUAAAGAAGUGCAGAAUUGCUUAAGGAUUGCACUCUUCAGCCUUUGUUUUGUUACAACGACGUCUUCCUACUUCAUUAUCUACAAGCACAUGCGGCGCUACCGUUUUCGCGUCGAGGAGCACGUUGGCAGCGCAGUGGCUCACGGCACCGCUGGAUCCCAUUUUAACACGUUACGUUUUCGACGAUCAGUGGUCAGCAUGUGUAAGAUCUAUUGUCUUCUUUUAGCUUGUUAUCUACCAUAUAACUGCCUGAUGGUUUUGCUCAACAGAUUUCAGCUUACGUCUUUGACUGUCGCCUUGAACGCCAUUUUCGCGACUCUUGUCUUAUCGAAUUCUGCUUUGAAUCCUUUCGUUUUUUUCCGCUGUAUACCAGAAAUUCGUGUUAUGGUUAAGUCGAUGUUCUCUGCACUUACAGUGACCAGCCAUUAA